CUAGCGACCUACUGUAGCAGUCAAACAUGGCGGGUCUUCUCUCCAGCAUGGCGGGGCUCACCCUGACCGGUUCCUUCGCGGGCGCGCAGCUCCGCGUCCCCACCCCCGCGGCUCGCGUCUCCGCGGCUCCGGCCUUCAACGUCGUCGCGAAGAAGAAGUGGGAGAAGCAGGAGCUCAACUCUAACGGCAACCCCGUGCGCGCCAAGCUCCACGUCAAGACGAACGACAAGGUCGUGGUCAUCGCGGGCGCGGACAAGGGGAAGGUGACCGAGGUGGUGGAGGUCUUCACCAAGAGCGGUGAGGUUCUGUGCAAGGACGUCAACAUCAAGACGAAGCACGUGAAGCCGAAGGGCGAGGGGGAGACGGGUCAGAUCAUCCAGAGGGAGUUCCCCAUCGCAUCCUCCAACGUCAUGCACUGGUCCGAGGCGCAGAAGGUGCGCUCCCGCGUCGGCCACAAGAUGGAGGGUGGCAAGAAGGUGCGCUACCUCAAGAAGACCGGCGAGGUGCUCGCCAACUAAAUCUUGAGGGCGUCGCAGCGAUUGUUUGCGCGUUCCGGGGAAAGUAUCCUGAGGGGCGCCGCGUGUUAUUACCCUAGGCUUUGGCGUGUAUAUAGAGAGAAGCUAUCUCUUG